AUGGACCCCUCCAAGCGCGACGAUCCUCCAGCUGCACCAUUCCCUCCCACCUCCUCAAAAGCACCCCAUCCUAUCGUUCCUGCGCCAUGGUCAGGACGUGUAAGUGAUCCGUUGGCCGUCGCGACUCCUCCGCCAGUAUCUUCGUCGGGCGUGUCGUCUCUCUCGCUGUUGUCGCCGUUGGAUGCCUCAGCGCGUCCUGUCGCAUCGCCGGCGCAUUCGUCACCGCGACGCACCACCAGUGCCAACUCCCUCAGAGAUGAGAGUCGCAAGUCUACACCCCGGCUAAAGAAACACUCAUCCACUACAUCCUUGCGAUCCAGCCGCAACUCUUCUGGGGGCCCGACGUCCCCGCAUCGCGACUUAUCGCGUUACCCCUCGUCCAGCCUGACGACGCCACCUCCCGCCAUCACAACAAACGAAGGCAACUACGCCAUAUCGCCACUCCGAGCGGGAAUGGAGGGCUCGAUGCCUACCGCCGCUGCGAUCGCCAGUGAACACUUUCAAAAAGAAGUGGGAUUACACCAGUCCGCCGAUCUGCAGUCGCAGGCUCUUGUCAUCGUCCACGACGAUUGCUACGGUCAUCGCUUCUCGCGCCCCCGCGCCUCACGAGCUGCCCUAAACUCCAUUGUAGAGAGACCAGAGCGGAUUCUCGCCACUGUCCUUGGCAUAUCCGCUGCAUACGUUCGUCUUUCGCACCGGUACACCGGCGGUCGCUUCGCUCCGCACCCUGACUUGGAUCCUCGCCAGCUUCCCGUGCCACCGUUCCAGAUUCGCAAGACCUCACGGACGUUGGCGCUGAGUGCCCCAGCAGUAGCACAUGUGCAUGGCUCGAAAUGGAUGGAGGACUUGAAAGUGAUGUGUGAUGCGGCAGAAUCACGUCUCGCGCUGAACGGAAAGGAGCUGGUUCGACCUCCCAGCGCCGGCAAGGAUAACGCCUCUGCCCCUCCCUUCCAUGAAGGAGACCUCUAUCUGUGUUCCGAGUCGUUGAAUGCGUUCCAGGGGGCUCUCGGAGGCGUCUGCGAUGGCGUGGACGCGGUCCUAGGCCCCGGCUCGACGAAGCGCGCUUUUGUUUGCAUUCGCCCACCGGGACAUCACUGCUCAUCGGACCAUCCCUCCGGGUUCUGCUGGAUCAACAACGUUCAUGUAGGUAUCUCGUAUGCAGCGAUGAACCACGGUUUGACGCACGCUGCCAUCUUCGAUUUCGACCUUCACCACGGCGACGGGUCGCAGGAAAUCGCCUGGGCGCAGAACCAGAAGGCUGUCACUGCACCUCGCAACGCGGCAAACUACAAAAAAACCAUGAUCGGGUAUUUCAGCCUACACGACAUCAAUUCCUAUCCCUGCGAAACGGGUGAUCCGGAGAAAGUGCGCAAUGCGAGUGUGUGUAUCGACAAGGCUCACGGACAGUCCAUCUGGAACGUGCAUCUGGAGCCGUGGAAGACCGACCUCGAGUUCUGGGAGCUGUAUGCCAGUCGGUACACGAUUUUGCUCGAAAAGGCACGCGCGUUCCUGCGCCUACACACGGAGCGUCUUGCCAGCACCCCUAACGGACCGCCGCCCAAGGCAGCCAUCUUCAUCUCAGCUGGUUUUGAUGCGAGCGAAUGGGAGGGUGCCGGGAUGCAGCGACACAAGGUCAACGUUCCCACCGACUUCUACGCGCGGUUCACGGCUGAUGUAGUCCGCAUGUCCGAAGAAGACGGACUGGGAGUCGAUGGCCGGGUGAUUAGCGUUUUGGAAGGGGGAUACAGCAAUCGCGCUUUGACAAGCGGUGUCUUGAGCCAUCUGUCGGGGCUGGGGGAUUCGAGUUUUGCCGCUGUGAAUGCCGAUGACCAGCAAGUGAACCGGCUUGCUGCUGAAAUGACCGAUCGACUGGGUCUGUACGAUCCUCCUACCGCUGCAGCUCGCCCCUUCAGCGAACCCGCAUACGAUCCUGAAUGGUGGUCUCCCAAUGCGCUAGAUGAGCUGGAAGCCUUGGUGUACCCACCCCCUGCACCGGCGAAGCCUCCCAAGUCUACGUACUUUGCUCCGACGCAGUCAUUCGCCGCCAAAGUUGUGACGCCUUCGCGCGAUCGAAAGUCCACCGGUUCUCAAGUCGGCUUAGAACCGGAGAUACCACCGAUUAGCUGGGCGACUGCGACGCACGAGUUGUCCAAAGUCCUCAUCCCCAACAAUCGUCAGACAACCAGCUGUCGACCGGAAGACCUCAAUGCGGAAGCUUCUCGUCUGCGGCGGGAGCGUCAGACGGCGGCCGAGAAUUCCAGGAACGCAAGCGCAUCGACCGCUCCGGAAGAGAAUCGCAUGAAGCUGCGUGUACGCAAACCGAAGUCCUCGUUGCCUGGCACACCCACUGCCGAGACGCCCAAGCGACAGGUGCUCAAGAGUAAUCGGAGGACCACCAUCGACUCGACUACGGAUUUGGCUGAGCCGUCGCCAUCGGUCCGCUCUACGCGGCGGAAGAGCGCUAAUUCCACGGCUACCUCAACGCCCGAGCCUGACGCUUCGCCCCUCGCGGACGUGCGUCCCAGAGCGUCGUCCCAGCUAACGAGCACUUCAAAUACACGCACAGCAACGCCAGGUCGCAAAACCAGCUCUUCCCGAUCGUCCACGCCUAAACGAUCAGCGAGUCCUAGAAAAGUACCCCCGGUGCCGCGGGUCCCGUCUGCCUUCCUCUCGACAUUGUCAGCGGGUGAGGGUUCCGAAAAUCCGCGUCCAGCUGCCAGCGCAGGAGAGAAGCCCACCGAUGUCGAUAGCCUGACUGCAGGCGUACGCAAGCUGAACAUCAAAUUGAAGGUCCCAUCUCCGGAGGAAUACGCAGCACGAGAACGGGCGGCGGACGAGCGCAAGCAGCGAUCUUCAAAAGGGCCGAGGACGCCGCGGUCACCAGUAAAGUCUCCUAAAAAGCGCGCUGUUUCGGCCAAGGGGGAACCUCGCGCUCUGUCGACUCCGGAUAGCCUGCAUGCAACAAGCGCGUAUCCCGCCCCACAGAUUGGAAGCGAGGUGAAGGUGGAGGACCAAGGACUGCCGUCUACUGUGGCUAUGGAGCCUGCUGCUCAAGUCCCUAUCAGUGAAGGUCCUCCUGUGGAGGCGGGAUCUUCCACACAGAUGGCCAUCUCUCCGCCUAUGACGCCGGAUACUGCGCAGGCCAUGGCGCAGGCCCAGUCUCAGUCUAAUAUCUUUUCGCCGCCGGUGACUGCAUCACAUGCUCGGAGCGGUCUUCCCGUUUUUACGUCUAGCAGUGCGAUUCCGUUUGCGAGUGCCGCAUAUGGGCAUGAAGCGUCGGACGGACGCCCUUCUACCGGCGGCAUGGCGUUGCAAUUCGACAAGGAUUCCAGCAAGGAUGGACAUGAAUCUUCCUCAUUACGCAUGGAUUUGGGACUGUCAGGACCGCGCUUUACGAGUGCUGAGCGAGGCCUGAGGCCCAACAUCGUCAAGUACGACAACGGCGAGGUCGCGUGGGACAACGACGUCUCCAGAUACACGGGCGAGAAGACAGUUAUCAACGGCAUUAAGACAAUAUUUCAAAUAGCGCUAGAUACCGAGGCCAGUGCCGAGAUGCUUAUCUACUUCCUAUACUUAAAGAUAUUAUACGUUGCACAGGAUGCCACGUAUAUAUUCUACAACAUUCUUCCAGGUACGGACUAUACUCGCAAGCCGAUCUCUGGUCUCCGCGGGAGUCGACGAAGAGCACCUAUACCAAAUAAUAAUGCCCCCGGGAAGAAUGAAGGUCUGCUGGAGUAA